AUGACAUCAACGGUAGCUCCCGAUACAGUUUCUGAAAGUCCGACGUUAUGUACUGUAGAUCAAUGUGCAACACGGUUUGAUGUUCAUUGUUUUCAUUGUCGUUCAAAUAUGUGUUCACAUCAUUAUUUUGAACAUAAACAACAACAAUUAUCUACUGAAAAUGAUGAUGCCAUGGAUGAUCUUUUACAACUUGCAUCAUCAAAAUGUUUUUGUAUUAGUAGUAGUGGAUAUUCUAUCACAAAACAACGUCGAACAUUUUCAAAUCCAUUUGUUUCAUCAACAUAUUUACUUAAAAAAAUGCGACAACAAGCUGCACGUCGACCAGAUAAUCUAAAACCUAUUCUUACAACAAAAACAACAGCUAUUAAAUUAUAUAAUUUACGAAAACGACCUGGUAAACGACAACGUAAAUUAGUUGCAACAAAAACAACAACAGUUACCACAACGACAGUUAAAUUCUGUAGAACUGUUCUUAAAACCAAACUUCGAAAUAAUAAAUUAUGUAAUAGAAAAUUGCCAUGUCCAUAUCAUCCUGUUCAAUGA